AUGUUUGCAUUUUUAAUUUUGAUAUUUCAAUAUUCUAACAAUAUUUCUUUCGAAUCUUGGAACAUUAAAAAAAUCUCAGAAGGAACUUUUCGUUUAAAGGCUAAAAGAACAUUAUCAGAAAAUAUAUUUAAAAAGUCAAAAAGUGAAUCCACAGAAAACCUAUUAGAUGCAUUAGAAAAAGAAGAAAUAAAAGAGAAACCAGAUGAAAUGGAGAAAAAUCUUGUAAAAUCAAAAGCACAGAAAUCAAUUUUUCAUUCAUUUAAUAUACCAGAACCUUCAGAAACAAUAGUAGAGAUAUUAAAUGAAAAUAAUGUUAACAAACAAAAAGUAACCAAAUGUAAAAAAUUCAUUGAUAGUUUCCUUUUUUCUCUUAUUUCCUUGUCAUUACCACUCUAUUUGGUUUAUUUAAGUCAUAUGGAAUACGAUUCUAAAACGAAUGUUAAUUGUGAAAAACGUCAUUUUCUAAUGAGUUAUUGUAUUCUAAUGAUUUCAUGUUUAAUAUGCUUACUCUAUCAUAAGGUAGCAUAA